AUGGUGCGUGUUCCUUUCUCUCUCUCUUUCUCUCCCCCUCUCUCUCUCUUUCUCUCUCUCUCUCUCUAUCAGAGUCUAUUUCUAUCUCUAUUUUAUAUCACUUUAUUUCAUUUUGAUAUUUCUUUCACUCUUUCUCUUUCUCUCUCUGUCUCUGUCUCUCUCUAUCUAUCUAUCUAUCUAUAUAUCAAUAUCACAUCUAUCACUGUCUCUAUAUUUUCAUCCCUCUCUCUCUCUCUCUCCCUCUCUCUCUUUAUCUAUCUGUCUAUCUAUCCAUCUUUAUCUCAAUCUAUAUAUCUCUAUGUAUGCAUUACUUUCUGUCGCUCUCUUCAUCUCAAUCUGUCCCUUUCUCUAUAUUUGCAUUUCUCUCUCUCUCUCUCUCUCCAUCUCUAUCUCUCUCUCCCUCUCUCUCUCUCUCUCUCUCUCUCUCUCUCUUUAUAUAUCUAUUUAUUUUUAUCUCUAUAUUUGCAUUUCUUUUUGUCAUGCUCUUUAUCUCAAUCUAUUACUGUCUCUAUAUUUACAUUUCUCUCUCUCUUGCUCUCUCUUUAUCUAUCUAUCUAUCUAUCUAUCUAUCUAUCUAUCUAUCUUUAUCUCAGUCUAUAUAUCACUGUAUUUACAUCCGUAAUUUGUUAA